AUGCCAAAGAAACACCACAAAUCCAAUUUUGCAAAGCCCGUCAGCACUCCUCACCACAGCCUAGCCUCGAGCUCCCGAAGCAACCAGCAUGAUCGCUUCCGAUCGUCUGCUUCUCCGAGCGGAGACCAGCCCUCAGUCAACGACCUGAUCAGCCAUCUGCGCCGGACGCAGCUUUCGCCCUCAGGAGACAACAAUCGCGGUGCGCCUCGGCAUAUCGCUCCGCGAUCUGUGCACCCGUCUCUGCGGAACCUCCUCGAGCUCCCCGAGACCCCGCCGCCACGUCCGCGUCCAGAUGCUCGACGCACUGGGCUCGGCCAGCGGCGACUAAGGAGGACGCCCGGACCGCCGCCGCCGGAUAGCUGGCUCUCCGGCAAUAACUCUGAUGAUGAGGCUGACGAUGCGGAGUUGGCUGCUAGUGAGACGGCGAAGGUCAUUUAUCGCCUGGAGCGCCUCCCCGGUCGGAAGUUUCCUGCGAGGAAUAGUUUCCUCCAUGCGCUGCUGAAGUCGAUGGCUACGCAUUGGACGUGGCAUGUUGCCUAUGACGGGCAGUUUCUUGGCUUGCUGCCGACGCAUAUCAAGGUGCUGUUGCUGAGCUAUGUUGGGCAUUAUGCUACGGUGCAGCCGUUAAAGAUCCCGAUGCGGGGUCUUAAGCCUUUGUUUGACAAUUCGGCAACUGGCGAUGAUGGCGGACAUGAGCGCUCAGCUAAUGGUGAUUCUGAUGUCAUGCAUCUCGAUCUGAGCGGAGCAUUGGGACGAUGGAUAUCCUUCAAGCAGCUCUCUACCGAGCUGUUCAUUUCGAGAAAGAAGGCUACUUCUUCUCAAGAUAGCGCUUCUAAAGUGGUACCCUUGUCUUGGGAAGAUGAGGAUGAAAACGAUGCAGACUCCAGUCGAGGCAGCCCCGUUCCAAGAUCGCUUCAACACCUACGUUUCGAAAACCUACAAUACCUCUCCCUAGCACAUCCGCAUCCAGCCGCAGUGAACUGGAACUCACUGAUCAACUUGCUCUCUCGCCUCUCAACUAUCACUCAUCUCUCCUUGGCACACUGGCCCGUCCCAACGGUCACACCGAACGCCAUGAACGCCAGCGUCAGACACCCGACGCAGAGGUCUCUUGUCUUCUCCUACGGCGGCACAGACUCCUACUCCGCAAUGGAGAACAACUGGGCCGAGUCCGCCGGUAUCCUGCGCAGGCUAUCACGGGCAACAUACUGCCUGAAGUGGCUGGACCUCGAAGGCUGCGGCGACUGGAUCCCAGCCUUGAACUGGGAAGGCGUCGGCCCGCACGGCGAAAGACUAUCAACGGGCCCCGAGUGGAACGGGUCAUGGAGGGACAUCGAGUGGAUUCGUCUUGGUCCGGGGUGGCUCCCUCAACCUGAUGAUGUCGACUUGGUUACAAAAAACCCAGGAACCUCGACUCCGGAGACGGGCGUUUCCAAUCGGUCUUUGGCUUUCUCGGUCCAUGCUCCCGUGUCUUCUUCCGAUUCACCUGGAACUUGGGACGUCGACGAAGAGCGCAGGAAGUAUAGGCUGGCGAAGGAGCUUGAGCGGUUCCGGGAGCGUAUGCGCGCUGCUAAGGAGGUCCAGCAAAAGGUGUUGCGGGCUAGGAAAGGUGCGCGGGGCAAAUGGGUGCAUUUUUCGUUUGGCUUGGAGGAAUUGGAGGGUGCUGUGAGAGACAAUCUGUUGGGGGAGGAGUUAAGGGAUAAAUACUUAUAG